AUGGAAGUUUCUGACCACAGUGUAGUCGGUGUAUUCAUUCAGGUGGACGAAAAAUUUGCCGUCGUCACAUUGGCUAGCGCCUUGCUGAGCAAAAUUAAUUAUACGAUGCUCGACGAAAUUGACGUGCUGUUUGGAGCUUACAAUCUUAAAAACGAGCAAGAAUCGCACCGCGAACUCUCCAAAGUCAGAAGAUUCGUCGUUCACCCUAACUACCGACCCGGAGAACAUUCUUUCGACAUCGCACAAGAUGAGGGUGCACCUCUGCUGUGCCGUCAUUUGACCUUUCACAACGUUUUCGCCGGCAUCGUUCAUAUACCGCCGUCACCCCAAGAAAUUGCGAUCACGAGUGUCUACGACAACGCCGACUGGCUGCGACAUAUAAUACGCUGCAGAUAG